CGCAGCCCUGGACCAUUUGUCAGGACUACUCGUGAGACGGAGAAAAAAAAAAAGAGAAAAUUUGGGGACUUUGAGGAGAAUUCUUGGGGGUAGACUGCAAUCAUAAAGACCACCAGACAUUACUGUCUUCCUUCACCAACAGUAGGUUAAAAAUUAAAUCAUGACUGAAUCUGCUUCUAGCACAAGUGGUCAAGAGUUUGAUGUAUUCAGUGUUAUGGACUGGAAAGAUGGAGUAGGUACAUUACCGGGAAGUGACUUAAAGUUUCGGGUAAAUGAGUUUGGAGCCCUGGAAGUUAUUACAGAUGAGAGUGAGAUGGAAAAUGUCAAGAAAGCAACAGCUACCACAACUUGGAUGGUGCCGACUGCUCAAGAAGCCCCGACCUCUCCCCCGAGCUCCAGGCCCGUAUUUCCACCUGCCUACUGGACAUCUCCACCUGGAUGUCCCUCAGUAUUUUCAGAAAAGACUGGGAUGCCUUUCAGGUUGAAGGAUCCAGUGAAAGUAGAAGGGCUUCAAUUCUGUGAGAACUGUUGUCAGUAUGGCAAUGUAGAUGAGUGUCUUUCUGGAGGAAACUAUUGCAGCCAGAAUUGCGCUCGGCAUAUCAAAGACAAAGAUCAGAAGGAAGAAAGGGACAUAGAAGACAAUGAGGAAGAAGAUUCCAAGUGUAGUCGAAAGAAAAAACCAAAGUUAUCUCUGAAAGCGGACUCCAAGGAGGAUGAAGAAAGAGAUGAUGAAAUGGAGAACAAACAAGAUGGAAGGAUCCUGAGGGGUUCACAGAGAGCCCGCAGGAAAAGACGGGGUGACUCGGCUGUAUUGAAACAAGGUUUGCCUCCUAAAGGAAAGAAAGCUUGGUGCUGGGCAUCCUACCUGGAAGAGGAAAGAGCUGUGGCAGUGCCAGCAAAGCUGUUCAAGGAGUAUCAAUCCUUUCCAUAUAACAAAAAUGGGUUUAAAGUUGGCAUGAAAUUAGAAGGGGUGGACCCUGAGCACCAGUCUGUGUACUGCGUCCUCACUGUGGCUGAGGUUUGUGGGUACCGGAUAAAGUUGCACUUUGAUGGAUAUUCAGAUUGCUAUGACUUCUGGGUCAAUGCAGAUGCCCUGGAUAUCCACCCAGUUGGGUGGUGUGAAAAAACUGGUCAUAAACUCCAUCCUCCAAAAGGAUACAAAGAAGAAGAAUUUAAUUGGCAGACCUAUCUAAAGACUUGUAAAGCUCAAGCUGCCCCCAAGUCAUUAUUUGAAAAUCAGAAUAUAACAGUGAUCCCAUCAGGCUUUCGAGUUGGAAUGAAGCUUGAAGCUGUAGACAAAAAGAAUCCAGCAUUCAUCUGUGUUGCUACGGUAACAGAUAUGGUGGACAAUCGUUUCCUGGUACAUUUUGACAACUGGGAUGAGAGCUAUGACUACUGGUGUGAAGCAGCUAGUCCACACAUUCAUCCAGUUGGUUGGUGUAAAGAGCAUAGAAGAACCCUCAUUACUCCUCCAGGUUAUCCAAAUGUGAAACACUUUUCUUGGGAUAAAUAUUUAGAGGAAACCAAUUCUUUACCUGCUCCUGCAAGAGCUUUCAAAGUGAAACCUCCACAUGGGUUCCAGAAAAAAAUGAAGCUGGAGGUCAUAGACAAAAGAAACCCCAUCUUUAUUAGAGUAGCAACAGUUGCGGACACGGAUGAUCACCGAAUAAAAGUUCACUUUGACGGUUGGAAUAGUUGCUAUGAUUACUGGAUAGAUGCAGAUUCUCCUGAUAUUCACCCAGUGGGCUGGUGUUCAAAAACUGGGCACCCGCUUCAGCCUCCUUUGAGUCCCUUAGAAUUGAUGGAAGCAUCAGAACAUGGUGGAUGCUCAACUCCAGGGUGUAAAGGGGUUGGCCAUUUUAAGAGAGCGAGGCACUUGGGUCCUCACAGUGCUGCCAACUGUCCCUAUUCAGAAAUCAAUUUGAAUAAAGACCGCAUUUUCCCAGACCGCUUGAGUGGUGAGAUGCCUCCUGCUAGUCCCUCAUUUCCAAGAAAUAAAAGGACAGAUACUAGUGAAAUCUCUUCAUCUCCUGACAUCAGAGACCAGCAUGCUGAUGAUGGUAAAGAAGAUUUUGAAGAAAGAACAGACAGUGAAAUGAGGGCAACACAUGAAGCCAGAGGUACACGGGAAGAGCCUACUGUCCAGCAGGCCCAGCGUCGAUCGGCUGUCUUUCUGUCUUUCAAGUCCCCAAUACCAUGUCUGCCCUUGCGCUGGGAGCAGCAGAGCAAACUUCUUCCCACUGUAGCUGGAAUCCCUGCCAGUAAAGUUUCCAAGUGGAGCACUGAUGAGGUGUCAGAAUUCAUCCAGAGCUUACCUGGAUGUGAGGAACAUGGAAAGGUAUUUAAAGAUGAACAAAUAGAUGGAGAAGCAUUUCUGCUUAUGACCCAAACAGACAUUGUUAAAAUUAUGAGCAUUAAACUGGGCCCUGCUCUCAAAAUUUUCAAUUCUAUCCUGAUGUUCAAAGCUGCAGAGAAGAACUCUCACAAUGAACUUUGAAGGUGGUGAAUUUUGAAUACCAUCGGCUUUCUGCUUUAAAGCUCGUAUUUUAUUCAAAGCACAAGGACAGUUACAACUCCUGAGUGAGAAGUCUCCACAACUCAAAAGAGCAAUGCUGUCGGAUUAUUUAUAUUCCUCAAGAGACAAUAUAUAUAUGAAUUCUUAUGAAAGUGCUUGAGCUUUUAACCAGGUACUGUCUAACAGCAGUCAUCUUUUGGUUCUGUUCACUGAGCUAAAUUUAUCUUUGUAAAUCUUUUUGAGGCUGGGGGUGGGAGGGGAGAAGAGGGACUUCAUUAAUUAUUUAUGGACAAAGGGGGGGCUAAGUAAGAACUUUUGGCAUUUUGUAAACAUUGUUGAAUUCUCUUUCAUGUACACUGUUUCUUUUUCAAUACUUUCAAGAAUCUUUUUAUAUAAUCAGAUUUCAACUUAAACCAAAUUAGUCAAAACCUGGCACAGUUUAGCCAGUGGGACUGUUACCUGUAUUGUUAAUUCUGUGCCAUAUCUUGAAUUGCAACAUUAUGCUAAGUAUAACUUUGCAAGUCAUGAUACUGCCUAACUGCCUGUCAUCAUUUGUUGGGGCUGAAUAGUUGUAAAAAAUUACUUUUCUUUUAAUCAGUGUUUUUACUUUUGCACGCAUUAUGAAAUGUUAAACAAAUUACUUUUCACCAGCAUCUUUACUAUAAUUACCAAAAACAUGUAUAUAAACAAUGGAAUUGAAAAUAAAAUAUAUAAACAUAAAUAAAUUAGGUGAUGUAUUUGAGUGGCAUCAAUCUCAUAUGUUGUGGUGCCCUGUGUGUUUACAAGUGUCCAGUGCUAUCAAAGGAAAAUGCAGUUACGUUGGUGGGGGGAGGGGGGCGCUGUUGUAAGUGAACUAUUUAUGAGAUGAUCCUGAGCUUCUCUCUAGUUGUCAUGGAGGUAACUGGUGCUUCUCAGAGAUGAAGAGCUCGUUCUGUAGAUAGAAACAACAAUCUGUAAAGAGCUCUGUCUCAGAUCUUGUAGUGUCCUCCAAAACCCAAAGAUUUUCUUCAGGGUUGGCGAAACAGAGAGUAUAUAGAUUUUACUGAAAAGGCAAGGUGUGUGAGGAACCAACACCAGUUGACACAAAGAGGCUUAAUAAGCUCACAAAGAGGCUUAAUAAGCUCCUGAGUCAUGGGGGUGAUUUCCCAAAGUAGUUAUUCAAGAACCUCUGUUUUGGAAACUUAUUUUUCUGUCCAAAACAGUUUGUCUCCAUAUACUAAGCGUACAGAUGCACUUUAAAUGAAAGCCCUUGAUUAUCCCUAGCCUGAUAGCUGGUAGUGUUACUUUUACAAGAAUGCAAUUCCAACCCAGAAGGUAAAUUAUUUUAUCAGCUUUUAUUGGAUGAUUGGACAUUUAUUCAAGGACUACUUUUCUACUUAAAAAGUGAAAAGUAAGAUUGUAGCAUGCUGUCUGAACCUUGGGGAAAGUUCCACCUCUCCUUGUUGCUCUUGUUUUUCUGGCCGUAGGGUUUCCUUUGCUGUCCCCCUGAAAGUCUAUUAGCAGGCUUUUGCAUUUGUCAUAAGCCAAGGUAAAACAGGGUCAGUGACUUCUGUGGUGUCCCAUUCAUUGCUUUGCAUGAAUUUGCUUAAUAAGUUUUCAUUGUUGUUUUUUUCCUUUUUUUAUAUUUUGUUCCAAAUUUGUACAUUCAAGUUGCACUUGUUAUAUCUGACAUGAAUGAAAUAAAAUCUGAA